CACCAAUCCUCCUGCCUUGCUCAGCCUCCCUGCUUGCUUCGCCCCCUCCUACUGCUCUGUUGCUGAAUACGAACUGCUAUCUACUAUCCUUAUUGCUAAAUGUCUACGCCUGUACAACUCUACGCCUAUGAUCUCAGCAACGGCCUUGCGAAGCAGCUAUCUCUCCCGUUAACGGGCAAACAGAUCGACGGCGUUUGGCAUACCUCCGUCGUGGUGUUCGGUAGAGAGAUAUUCUACGGACAGGGCAUCUUGGAGACUCGUCCGGGGGAAUCUCAUCAUGGGAAACCGCUUCAUAUGAUUGAUAUUGGAGAGACAGCAAUAGAUGAAGAUACUUUCAACGAAUACCUUCUCGAGAUGAGCAAGCAAUACACAGCUGACAAGUAUCAUCUGCUAGACUUCAAUUGCAACUCUUUCACCAACGAUGUUGUAGGAUUCCUCACAGGAGGUUCGAUACCCUCCUGGAUCAAAGAUCUACCUUCUGACUUCCUCUCUACACCCUUCGGCGCCGCAUUGAGGCCCACGAUCGAUAACAUGUUCCGUCGUCCUGUGCCCGGUGCAGCACCGACCCCCGCCACACUGCAGCCCUCACCGGCGGCGGCGCAAGCGGCUGUCAACGCAUCCCCGAACCCAGCGCUUGCAGCGUCGCUUCUCCAAGCAGUGGCGAACCAGGCCAUGUCUCCUUCCGCACCUGCUCCUCAGGCUCAGCCAUCAGCAUCUACAAGCACGGUGUCCGCUCCUGUCCAUAUCUGCACGAACCCGUCUUCGUUCCAUUCCCUGCUCCGUUCGCACCACGCCGUGGUCGCGAUGUUCACCAGUGCGACGUGCGGACCGUGCCGUAUGAUUGAGCCAGUGUUUGAAGACCUAGCGUGGUCCAAGACGCAGGGAUUUGGCCAGGAUCGAGUCGCAUUCGUAAAGGUCGAUAUGGGUGUGGGGCUGGGUGGCCAGGUUGCCUCGGAGUUCAGUAUCCGGGUUACCCCUACAUUCCUCUUCUUCCUGGAUGGACAGAAGACACAUGACUUCAAGGGCGCGGACUCAGCCGAACUUCGUAGUCAAGUCGACUUCCUUCUGUUCCAAGCUUUCCCUCCCCAUCCACACACAAAGCUAUCCCUCCCGGUGACCGAAGCGCUAUCUACCAAACCUAUCCUGUUCACGCAGGUCCCGGCGCUCGAUUCCCUCGUCAAUAAGCUAGCGUCCCUAGUCGAUGGUUCGUCGCCAUCGCCUGAGACGACUGCAGCGAAGGAUAAACUCGGCCAGUCUUUCCCGGUAUACCUCAAGGCGCGUUUCCCCGCAGACAAGGGCGUUCAGCCUCCGAAGAACCUCUCCGCGAACACGCAGUUGGUUACAUCCUGGGCAGAGGCAACACGCACAAUUGCCAGUGCACUCCCAGCCUCUCAACUCUUCCCAUUAGUGGACCUAUGGCGGCUAGCCCUACUCGACGGCGCUGUUGCGGCGUGGUGUGCUACGGCCCCUUCGCAGACUAACCCGGUGCACAUCUUCUUGAACAAGGCUAUCGAUGCUCUCAACACUGCGGACCCUACUGCGCGAAACACUGUUCUAGUCACUCUGCGCAUGCUCGCGAACGCGACCUCGAGCGCGGCCCUUAUGAAGAGCCUCCUGUCCCCGGCGGGCCAGCGUGCAGACUUGACGAAGGCCCUCGUCGCGAGCCUUCUGCACACAGAUGCGACUGUGCGCACCGCGGCAGCGAGCUUGGCGUUCGACGUCGCGGCGUACCUGCAGAAGGGCAGGGUCGACAAGCUCCGCGGGGACAGUUCCGCUGCAGGGGCGGAGGUCGAGGAGGAUGGGGAGUGGGAAGUGGAGCUGGUCAGCGCGGUGCUCGAAGCGAUCUCGAAUGAGGCGCAGAGCGAGGAAGUCGUCCACCGUCUCACGGCGGCCCUGGCGUUCUCGCUGCGCCUGUCUCCGGUGUAUGAUAGCCAGCUCGUACCGUUCCUGGAGGUCCUCCAGGCGCGUGAGACGCUCAGGGGCAAGUUACAGAAGGGAGGAUGCGGAGAACAGGGCGUGCAGAAGCCGGAUGUGAGGAAGCUCGUGGUAGAGGUUGCGGAGAAGUUGUGCCCGUGAUGUGUGGGCGUCGGACUGGAACACAAGGGACUUUCGGAAUCUAUAAUACAAGAGGCGUGGAAUUCGCACGGGAGACAAAGAGAGCAUCUGAUUGGCUGAGAGACGGACACC